AUGGCUAGCAACGGCAACAAGUCAACUUCUGUUACCUCCAGCGGAACAAAACAGUUUGCAUUAUUACCAAAAAUCAUCAAUGGCGGCAUUGCUGGCAUAAUCGGUGUAUCGUGCGUUUUUCCUUUGGAUCUUGUUAAGACACGCUUGCAAAAUCAACAAGUUGGGCCUAAUGGGGAGAAAAUGUACAAUUCUAUGCUAGACUGUUUUAAGAAAACAUAUCGCGCUGAAGGAUAUUUCGGUAUGUAUCGUGGCUCAGCGGUAAAUAUUUUGCUCAUUACCCCAGAGAAAGCCAUUAAAUUAGCGGCUAAUGACUUUUUCCGACAUCAUCUAACCACAUCAAAUGGAACUCUGCCAAUUACUCGACAAAUGGCAGCAGGUGGGUUGGCUGGUUUGUGUCAAAUUGUAAUAACAACUCCCAUGGAACUUCUGAAAAUUCAAAUGCAAGAUGCCGGUCGUGUUGCUGCACAGGCUAAAGCAGUAGGCAAGACUAUGCCGAAAGUUUCCGCAACUUCCAUUGCGAUGGAACUUAUUCGUACGAAGGGAAUCACAGGAUUGUAUAAGGGAACUGGUGCGACGAUGCUUCGUGAUGUUUCGUUUUCGAUUGUAUAUUUUCCGUUGUUUGCCACACUGAAUGCACUUGGUCCUCGACGAGAUGAUGGCAGCAACGAAGCCGUAUUCUGGUGUUCAUUUUUGAGUGGUUGUGCUGCCGGCUCCAUGGCAGCUCUGGCUGUAAACCCGUUUGAUGUAGUCAAAACGCGUCUUCAAGCACUAAAAAAAGUAGAAGGUGAAAUGCAAUUCAACGGUGUCGCAGAUUGUAUUGGCAAAACUUUGAAGCACGAAGGAAUAACUGCAUUUUUCAAGGGAGGAUUGUGUCGUAUGAUUGUCAUUGCACCUCUAUUUGGUAUAGCGCAAAUGGUAUACUUCUUGGGCGUCGCAGAAGCCAUUCUUGGUAUUAAAUCUGGUAAUAAGUAA